AUGGCAAACCUGCCCGCUUGCCCUCACGUCGCGGCGGUCUUGCCCGGUCUAGCACCGCCUCGAGCAGGCCAAGACGUCCACAAGGAUGAAUGCACCUUGUGCUUCGAUGGUUCUCAAGAGGAACACGGCAUCGAUGUUUGCUUGACCUGCUUCAAUGGGGGCUGUGUAGGCAACAAAGACCGAGAGCAUGCUAGAGCUCACGCUUCCAAAACUUGGCAUCCUAUCGUAUGCAAUGUCAAGCGUAGAAGGAAACCAUCGGAAGUGAGUCAUGGGAAUGAAAUGUCGAGAACGUGGCUGCGCCGCUCAUGCUGCAACCGCUAUGUUCCCAGAACCCUAUUCAGGACACACCUUCGAAAGUUGCCAUUCUGGCGCGGAAAGAGGAGGAUGACUGGUUGUAUGAGACCACAGUCAAGUGUAUGGCCUGCGACCAAGUCCAGGGCCGGCUGCUUGAGAAAGUCGGCAAGGUGAGUGGGGCGACCCGCCGGCGCAAGCAACACAAAGAACCUCGCCCGGUCUGACCGCUUCGGAUGGUCAAUGCGUGCUCUCGUGCGAUUUGUGCUCAGCUGGGUGAAGUGGCAAAUUCAAUCGUGCGCAGCUUGUCGUCCUCUCAGCAGAACGAGGUUCAAGCCUGGGAAGCGAUCAUAGAGCCUUGUCAGCACACGAGGGAUCUGCAGCAGGAGGCUGAUGCCACCAAGGUCUCGAAUGAGGGUAAAUGUAGCCGUUGUGACCUUGUAAGUGCAAUGCAGGUGCUUGUCGAAGUGGCAUCGCAGCGUUGCUGACCGGAUUUGUCCCGCCAUCAAAUGAUUGCCAGACCGCCAAUCUCUGGCUUUGCUUGACGUGUGGUGCGGUGUCCUGCGGUAGACAACAAUUCGGUGGCCUUGGGGGAAAUGGUCAUGCCAUGCUGCACUUCAAGGAUACGGGCCACCCUGUCUCUGUCAAGCAGGGCACCAUUACCCCAGAAGGAACAGCAGAUAUAUAUUGCUACGCUUGUGACGAUGAGCGCAAGGAUCCCGAUCUAGCCAAACAUCUUCAGCACCUCGGCAUCUCGACCCUAGGACUCGUCAAGACAGAGAAGAGCAUGACUGAGCUCAACUUGGAGCAGAAUAUCAACUUUGACUUCAACAUGACUGGCGACGAUGGCAAAGAGCUGCAACCGCUCUUUGGGCCCGGAUUGACUGGCCUAAAAAAUCUGGGCAAUAGGUGAGUAGUAAUCGUCAGGUGCAGAUGAUCCGUGUGCCUAAGUCAUGCUCAUGUGCCUCGUCGAUGCUCAGCUGCUACAUGGCUUCUGUCUUGCAAGCUGUCUUCGCUUUACCGACGUUCAAGGCUCGAUAUUUCACAGCUUAUCGACCGCACACAACGGCGUGCACCAAUCCUCAGCCCGCCAAUUGCAUCGAAUGCCAGAUGGGCAAGCUGGCUGACGGACUACUGUCCGGUCGCUAUGCAGUUCCUUCGCCUGAGCAAGCGACGAAAAACCGAGGAAAGGGGGCGGUAUUUCAAGAUGGUAUCAAGCCCAGCAUGCUGAAGAGCCUGAUAGGGCGAGGUCACUCAGAAUUCUCUACAAUGCGACAGCAAGACGCCGAUGAAUUCUUGAAGCACCUAGUCAGCUGCUUGCAGCGCGACACUCGGAGGAUCGCGACAGAUGUCAUUCAGAUCGAGGGCGCACCUUCGGACGAUGCUACGCGGAUCUUCAGCUUUGGGCUCCAGUCGAGGCUACAAUGUACUGAGUGCAGGCGGGUGCGAUAUACUGUUGAAGCUCAGGAUACUGGUCUCAGCCUCCCCGUUCCACUUAGACCCAAAUUCAAGCCACCUCAGAUAUCUGAGGUUGUGGAAUCUGGAAACGAUCAGGUGGUCAAUGAUGUGGUGUUACCGCCAACGCCCAGAGAGGAAGUGACCACCGACAUUCUACCAGAUGGUCCUGAUUCGGACGCUAUGCAAACAGGUGACACCACGCCCGUGCCAACGCCGCCUCGCUCGGAUAUAUCAGGUCCGGAAGGAGCGCAGGAGGCAAAAGGCAAAGCACCAGUCGAGGGCCCCCAUGCUGUCAACGAGCUCGAACCUGACCCGUACGCUGCUGCGCAGGAUGAAGCUUCUGACAUGCAGGCACAGUCUUUGGCAGACGAGCAAUUGGCGAAAAGCUUAGCAGCAGAAGGAACCAAAGAUGAUCCAAUCAAUUUGAUCGGCGAAGCAAACAAUGAGGAAGAUGCUGAGAGUCGGGCGAAAGAGGAGGCCGAGUUUCAGAAAGCGAUAGCGGACUCGCUCCAGACUGGCGGAUCCCUCAACCAGAUCGAGUACGAAGAAGUGGAUCUUCAGGAGUGUUUGGACAUCUUCACCGCUCCAGAAGAGCUCGAGUACCAUUGUCCAGCCUGCGAAAAGCACGUCAUUGCCACCAAGCAGACUUUGUUCACCUCUUUUCCCGACGUUCUCUCGAUCCAGGUGCGGCGCUUCCAGCUCAUCAACUGGGUGCCACAGAAGGUAGACGUGCCUAUCAACGUCCCGCUGGAAGGACUAAAUUUGGACAAGUACUUGGGUACGGGUAGGAGAGACGAUGAAGAGGAACUACCUGAGCCAAAAGAUGAUCCGCCUCCUGCCGCUGCCAGCAGCACGCCACAAGGAUCUGCCCAACCUCCACCGUCUGUGGAUCUUGGCAAGUGGACGAACUGGAGCGGGCCAAAGUUCGAUCAGGGUCUUCUAAGCGAAGGCAUCGAGAUGGGCAUGUCGCCAGGCAGAGCUCAGAACGCCUACUUUGAAGCAUUUAGACAAACCGGGAGGUGGGACGCUUCGGAAGUCGCUAUGGACUGGGCGUUUUCGGCUGAUGAGGAUCCUGCUGUGGACAUCGCACAAGACUUUGACGGGGUUGCGCAGCAGGAAAUCGCAGCGAUAUACGCAGCUGCAGGAGUUGAUCCCUACGCGCCGGCGGACGUCACGUCAAAUGAAUCUGGUGGAGCGUCUGUAGCCCAGAGCGGUACUGCGACGCCGACUGCGGAUUACGGCAUCUUUGAGGAGAUGGGAUUCUCAAAGAACCAAGCUAGGAAAGCUUUGAGAGUCAGCAAUGGAAAUGCAGACGCUGCUGUGGGAUGGCUGUUCGAGAACGGUGGCGAUCCUGGCGAAGAGGAGCAAUCUUCCGCCCCGGCUUAUUCUGCUUUUGACGCGACCGCAGCGGGCCCUGAGAGCCGCACAGCCACGGACGUGGAGAUGAUCGAUGGCUCUGCAGAUGGCGUAGCGGGCCCUAGCUCGACGUCGAGUGCACCGCCUCCGGUUGGUGGCUCAGCGGCUCUUCCCGCCAAUUUCUCCCUCAAAUCAUUCAUCUCCCACAAAGGCGUGAGUUCAUGCGCGACGUCACGUCCCUUUGAGAAGGAGAGAAGAUUCAGCUGAAUUACGGGCCUCGCCCUCCUCCGUUGCAGCCAUCUAUACACAGCGGACAUGUGAGGCGCGUUCGGUAUCAAGUCUUGCUUGCCAGUGUUUGACAGUCAUGCUCUUUGUCCCCCGUCUGCAGUACGUCGCGCACAUCAGACAUGACGAAGACGCGGCGUCGGGAUCUUCUCUGGGAAACGGUCCAGCCGGGGAAGCUCAGUGGGUUCUGUUCAAGUGAGUGUAAGCCCUCAGCGUUGUGAAAAAAUGCGUACCCGACUCCUGAUUGUCUGCAACUUUCAUGCUCACAGCGACGAAAAAGUGGUCAAGGCGCCCUUCUCGAGCCAGUCUUCAUCUGGAGCUCAUCUAGAAGUAGGCGUAAAGGGACUUGUGAAACUGGCAUACGUGUACGUUUUUGAGCGUACACCUACGCCUGCUACAUGA